AUGAAUAAAAGCCCCUACAUUGUUGUCUAUGCGGAUGCGGUGCAGUCCAGCGCAGACGCAGCGCAGACGCAGCGCAGACGCAGCGCAGACGCAGCGCAGACGCAGCGCAGACGCGACGCAGCGCAGACGCAGCGCAGACGCAGCGCAGACGCAGCGCACACGCAGCGCAGACGCAGCGCAGACGCAGCGCAGACGCAGCGCAGACGCAGCGCACACGCAGCGCAGACGCAGCAACACUUCACCGCCUUCACCUCAGUUGAGGAAGUUAAGAGCAUGUCUUGA